AUGUCGCUCAUCACGUUUCCGUCCAACUGCUACCACCUUGUCAUGCGCCAGCAGCCUCGUGAGGCCCUGGUUGUGGCUAAGGGGAAAGAGAAGGCACGCAAGGCUGUGGAUGCACCACCCAUUGUUGAGCUUCUUGUCAAGAACAGCGUCGAUCCUCAGAGGAACUUCCUCCAGAACCCCUACCUGUUUAUGGUCGUCAGUCUGUACAAGGCAGAUCGAGAUGAGUCGUUGCCUGGAAACGAGUCUCUGACAGGCACUCUGUCAUCAUCACUUCACCGCCUGAAAGACAACGGCAAUACCGACGUCGGUUUCUUCGUGUUUGGCGACAUCUCUGUCAAAAUGUUAGGAACCUACCGACUACACUUUCGCCUGUACGAGUUCAGCAUGGACAGACAUGAAGCUCAGUAUCUGAUGUCCAUCACCAGCGACAAAUUCAGUGUCCUGGCACCUAAAGACUUCAAAGGUAUGGAAGAGUCAAGUGGUCUCUCCCGAAACAUCGCGGAUCAGGGUGUUCGCCUCCGCCUGCGCAAGGAAGCCCGGACUGCGGCCAGCAACAAGCGCUCGUACCCUUACGAUAGCCCCAUUGGCAUCACACCCGCUCGUCCACACAUGCCCAACGACUAUUCCUCUUCAUACGAGGGUGAACAUUCACCGGUAAAACGAGAGAGCACGUACAACCCCGCCAGCCAUUCUGACGUAUCUGUCCAUCCUUCCAUGGAGCAGUCAUACGGUGUCCAGCCUCCUUACAAACGUGCCUUCCCGUCAUACCCUUCUGUCGGACAACCGGCUUCUGUCGCCGCCCCUUACAGCAUGAUGGGACCGUCAGGCAUGAUCGGACACCACUCCAGUCUUGUCAGUCCUCCUGGACUUCUACCAUCGAACAGCUCCGCAACGUAUCCUGUUGACAACCUGAGCAUCUAUGGCAGCUCCGCAUACCCAAAUGCCGGUUCUACCUACCAGAGCGCUGGCGCCCCAUACCAGGGCGCCGGCUACUCCAGCUUGUUCUACACCAACUACGAUGGCAGCAUCCAGCGUUAG